CGCCGCGCGAUGAGCACGUGUCCACUUGUUGCUCACGUAGCGAGUAAACCCACAGUAUACAUAAUAGUAUACUAGAACUAUUGUGUUACUACGUAUGUAGAGUGGUUUCCAUCUAAAGUGUUUUGUUGUGCCAUACAGUAGAACAUGGCUGAACCUGAGACGAAAUACUACCCGAACUGUGACGGCGGCGUGUGGUUGAGAUCCUGCGAACUUGAAGUUACUGAACCAUUGAAGGGGGCAGUUACAGGGGAAAUACCUACUUGGUUGAAAGGCACUCUGCUCCGCAACGGGCCUGGAUCGCUCAACGUUGGCUCCAUGAGGUUCAAACAUCUAUUCGAUAGUGCUGCAUUGCUGCACAGGUUCAACAUUCAAGAUGGCCGCGUUACGUACCAGUGCCGUUUCCUGCGGUCCAACACCUUCAAGAAGAACCGCGCGGCGCGCCGCAUCGUUGUCACGGAGUUCGGUACGCAGGCUGUACCAGACCCGUGCCAUACCAUAUUUGACAGAGUUGCUGCGCUAUUCAAGCCAGGCGAUUCUAUGUCAGACAACGCCAUGAUCUCGCUCUAUCCUUUUGGAGACCAGAUGUACGCUUUUACAGAGGGACCCGUGAUCCAUAGAAUAGAUGAUGUAACGUUGGAGACAGUUGAACGGAAGGACAUGACGGAGUGUAUCGCACUAGUGAACCAUACCUCGCAUCCUCAUGUGAUGCCAAAUGGUGACGUGUAUAAUGUCGGCAUGUCUAUAGUUAAAGGCAGCUUGAGGCACGUGGUAGUAAAAUUUCCACACACAGAAAAAGGAGACAUGUUCAAGGAAGCGCACAUAGUCGGCAGUAUGAAGCCGCGCUGGAUGACGCACCCAGCAUAUAUGCAUACGUUUGGUGUAACUAAGAACUAUUUCGUGAUAAUAGAACAGCCGUUAUCAGUGUCGCUCUACGGGGUGGUACGCAACCAAUUGAGCAACCAGCCGCUCGCCGCCAGCCUAAAGUGGUACCCGGAUCACAAGACCCACGUGGUACUAAUAAGUCGUCGUACCGGGAAGGAGGUGAAGCGGUACGAGACCGACACGCUGUUCUUCCUGCACAUCAUCAACUGCUUCGAACAGGAGCGGAGCCUGGUGGUGGACAUGUGUGUAUACAAGGACGCUAAGGUUCUUGACGCUAUGUACAUACAGGCUAUAGAAUCCAUGCAAAAUAACGCUGACUACGCUGAGUGGUUUCGGUCGAGACCUAAACGGUUGGAGAUUAACCUCGAUGCGCCUCGCUUGGCCUACGUGGAGCCUAGACUCCUGGCAGAUCUGGGAUGCGAAACGCCUCGGAUUCACUAUGAUCGGUAUAAUGGUGUUCCGUACAGAUAUUUUUACGCCAUAAGUUCCGAUGUCGACGCCGCGCAUCCCGGAUUGAUAAUCAAAGUAGAUACGGCGACAGGAGAGACAAAGUCGUGGUGGGAAUUGGACUGCUACCCUAGUGAGCCGGUCUUCGUACCUCAUCCCGAUGCCAAGAAUGAAGACGAAGGUGUGGUUAUCUGUGCGCUUGUCUUUGGCAGAGACGAGUGCUCCACCGCAUUGCUGGUGCUUGAUGCUGCCACUUUGACGGAGCUGGCACGAGCUUGCUUCAGCACCCCUUCUCCAGCACCCAAGUGCUUGCACGGCUGGUUCCUGCCAAACUUCUCUUAAUAUAAUUCUGAGGAUUGAAUAGGAGCAAGCGUUAUUUUGCGGCAGUUCAUUACAAAUAGUUUACUUAUUUUGUUGUGUCUGCUUGACAUUUAGAUCUGAUAUAGGUACAAAUUAAAUCUGUUCUGUCGAUAAUGGAUAUCGCUUAUCGAUUUCUGAUAUGGCAGAGGUCCUAGGUAUUUGCUCAGAGUGCCCAUUUAAAAAGAAGGGAAAUUCUUUAUGGUGCUGCAGGCGGGGACAAACACUAAUAGCUUACCUACGGG